CGGAAACAAGGCAUUAUCCUCCCCCAUGGACAACUCCGGGUUAGAACAGCACUGCAAUUCCCUCCGACGUGAGCUGAAAGCUUGGGAAAAGGAGUUUGCCUCCCAGCACGACGGUCGCAAAGCCGGACGAGACGACAUUAAAGCCAACGGGAUAAUUUCACAAAAGUACAAAGACUACAACAAACUUCGAGACGUUCUCUGUGGCAAAACCGCCCCUCAGACUCCUUCGAAACCGACUCGAAGACGUGAAGCUAUCGAGGAUGUCGAUCAAAACCGGAAAGCACGCACCGCGAACCCUACCGCGACACCACGUAAACGGAAACUCGAAGAAGAUGGAGAUGGCGCCAUUGGGCAGGGACCCACUUCCGUUCCACUCUCCCCCCAAGGACCUACGAUGAUUGGACCCACUCCACAGAGAGAUGGUAUCGUUCUAGGAUUAUUCGACAUGCUUCCGGCCGAGACCCCAAGUAAGAGAAGGGUAGUAUUAGGGGAUGUUGCUCCCAAUGCUGUGAAAACACCAAGCAAAAACCACGAGACGGGGGAUAGCGAAGGGUUCAUCGAGCUAAGGGCUAGAGGGGAGAAGACUCCUAUGUCUUCAAGUAAGAGGUCUUUCUUGGAUAAGUUCGUGACGCCAAAGAAGAGGAAGAGGGAUAACGAAGGUACGCCAACGUCCGCUUUGAGGGGACUCUCUACACCUGCAUUCCUGCGUCGGGAUAACGUGCUUGGUAUUAUCAACGAGGACGACGAGCCGACCCCACGGCCUGCACCAUGGAAACGACGUGGGCUUGGAAGGAGCUUGAGCAGUAUGAUCAAGUCGAUGAAGAAGCAAGAAGAGGACCGCUUAGACGAAGAGGCGGAGAUAAUGCAUGAAUUAGAAAUGGAAGCUGAGGGUAUCCCGUAUUCGAGAAAGCCUAGAGUACAGGAAAUCCUAGUUAAGGAUAGCCAAGCUGCAAUGCCCCUUGGUCCGGAUGGCGCUGGAGAGUCAGAUGAUGAACAGGAGGGGGACAUGGCGGAGGAUGGCCUGGAUCGUAAUGGAAACCCGAGGAAGGUAUGGAAGAAACGAGGACAGAAGAGGCAAACAAGGCGGGUCAUUAUGCGGCCCAAUUUUGUCAAACCCAAACCACUGCCAGCAGCUCUAAUUAAGAACGAUUCUGAAGACGACGAUCCAGCUGCAAAAGCAGGACCAACCCCCCAGAAUGCCGGCAGCGGCCAAGAAUUCUCGGAAAAUGACAAUGCUUCAGACUACGCCAGCGACGAUUCUCACACACCUAAGAAGCGGAAAACGGAACAAAAGAAAGAACAACGGGGUUCUACGGCACAGCCCAAAGACAAGGCAACCAGAGAGGGACCGGUCAAGGCAGCAGCGCGCAAAGUUAAAGCCACGGCGCAUGCAAACUACCGCAAGUUGAAGAUCAAGAGUUCCACGGGCGCAAAGGGCGGUAAAGGUCGUUUUGGACGACGGUGCGGCCCUUCAUGGCCGUCGCGAUUCGAGGUACUCAGCGUGACUAAGCAGCCUGCCCCGAAAGCUCCAGCCACAGGUGAAAUCCGGACCUCUCCUCCACCAAAGCUUCCGCUUCCAACAUCAAACAACACAACAACCUCUAUAUCCACCCGCACAACAUCUAAACCCUCCGUAAACGCGUCUCCAAUUCCCGACUCUCCCACUACCAUGGCCGAAAACGAGCUCAGAGAGCUCCUUAGGCAGCUCCACCAGACCCUCCAAACACACAAAUAUCAGCAAUCCACAUCCCUCCUCUCACGGGCCAAAGUAGCCCUCCUUCACCUCAACGCUCUCAUCCCAUCGGAGACCAGCCCGCGCAUACACCUCGCUCUUGCACGCGAAACCCUCGAACUCGGCGCCGUCAUCUCGAUUCGGUUAAAAGACCCUGUCUCCUUCACACGCUAUUUCCAGCAGCUGCAACCCUUCUACUCACUGCCGGAAAAGACGCUUCCUAAGGACGGUGGAAAUGCGAGCAAGAUUACGGGGCUGUAUUUGCUGCUGCUGCUGAGUGACGGCGAUUAUGCGGGGUUCCACACCCUGCUGGAGACGCUAGAGGUGGCGGCUGCGCAGGCUGGGGGUAAGGGCUUGGAGGAAGAUGUGUUCGUGCAAUAUCCGAUAAGGUUGGAGCAGGCGUUAAUGGAGGGGAGUUAUGAUCGCGUGUGGGGGGAGACGAAGAGUGAGAGGGUGCCUAGUGAGGAGUUUGCGCUGUUCUCUGAGGUCCUUAUCGGCACCAUCCGCAAGGAAAUCGCUUCCUGCAGCGAGAAAGCAUACCCCUCGAUUCCCAUCUCCGACGCCAAAUCCCUCCUCUUCCUUGACUCAGAGGGAAGCGUUGUGAGCUUUGCAAAGGAGUGUGGUUGGGUUGUCAAGGAUGGCAGGAUAUACUUCCCGCAGCAGGAGGAUGAGUAUGCGUCGAGCAAAGAUAUCAUGGUCACGAGCGAUCAGGUCAUUGAGAAUACACUGGGGUAUGCGAGGGAGUUGGAGACGAUUGUCUGAGUGUGCGUGGAAGAGGGAAGUUAAAGUUUUGCUGAUGGAAAGGCUUGGGGUGGUGUGAGUAUGAGCAUGAGCCUGGUAGAUGCUGUACGAUACAAAUACAGAUAAAGGCAUGAGGAGUCUGGGUGGCACUGGGUAGGAGCAGACAGUGGUCCAGCAUAUAGACUGGUUUGAAAGCACUCAAAUGAACUAAAUAGCUAAUG